CCCAUUAUCAACCCUCUAAAGGCUCUCCUCCAGCCAGUCUCCAUCAAUGCCAACUCAAUUGGCUUCAAUUGCGACCAUGUGGGAGGAGCUUAGAUUUGAGAUACGUCGCUACGGCAAGGCUGACUGCCCCGAUUUUUUUGUGCCGAGUUGUCCGCGUCCUGAUGACCCAACAGAAAAGGUGCAUCAUUACUUUCGUAAAGUUGCGGCAGCUGGGUUUAAAAAAUUCCCAACGCAUCCACUCAUCCGCAAGAUGCAAUUCAACUUCACGGGGACAGCUGCCGACCUGCGUACGGCCACAAAAAAGCAACUUCAGGCGUACAUGGGCAGUAUAUUCUUGGGAAAUAGGCUGGAUUCGAACCUUAGAGUGACUCGCUUUCGUAAUCAAACUACAUAUGUAAAGAUCGGUAACUCCAUGAACGAUUUCGAUGCCAAACUCCAUCAGUUGCUCAUCGGUGACGAAAAAUGGUCGCCUUGGGUGUUCGAGGAUGAUGUGAAACGGGAGCGGCCCGAUGAACUUGUCAAGUACCUGGGGAAGCAAGUCAAGGGGGGAGAUAGAGAAGAGAUUUUUGGCAGUUCCUCAGCUGUUGACUCGACGGCCAUUUCCAAGUUGAUGGGGAAUUCCGGUCCCUUGCGUUACCGAACGCAAGCAAGGAGCAUCCAACAUGGCCGGUUUUGA